UUCACAGCAGGUUUCUCAUCCAAGGCCCUUGAGAGAGGCCACAGCGCCCGCGUCGAAGCUCGAAGAAGCUGCGUUGGCCGGAGCCCCUUUGUCCUGGGAGCGAGCCAUGCCGCGCGGUAGGGACGGUAGGGAGGAUGAGGACGCGGGGGAGUUUCAGAAGAGCCCAGUGCGGGGCCGGCCGAUGGUCAACAAGCUGGUGCCGAAGAAGCUGACUCGCACCACGACUGACGACACCCAGACCGCCAUCAACCGGGUGGUGCACGAGGCAGUCGCGCGUUCCAGCGGCAGCGGAAGCAAAGGCUACGCCGCGCGCGCCACGAUGGGCGCUGCGGAGAAGGAGGACUUGGCGGAGGACGUGCGGCAGCGGGUGCAGCUGGUCAUCGAAGCCAAGGAGGAUGAGCUCAUAGGAAAGAUCACCCACCAGCAGCGGUUGGAGCUGAUCCGCCUGGUGGCCACCCAGUCGGUGGACGAGGCCCUGAUGGAGCGGCAGCGCAUGGAGCGCCAGGCCGCCCAGGCGGCGGAGGAGAAGGUCCGCAUGGCCAGUUUCACCCCCGUGAUGUGGCGGCGCCUGCUGUGCAGCUACUUGCUGCCGCAGGAGGAGGUGCUGACGCUGGGCAGCUGCAGCAGGUUCUUGCGGCAGGACCACGCCCUGGGCCUGCAGACGCUGAUUCUGCCGGGCUGGUUGCCUAUGGAGGAGGAGAAGGUGUCCCUGACGCAUGUGAAGCCCAUGCCGCCACAGGCGCUGAAGGAGCUGGCCUUCAAGUUCCGCUACGCCCAGACGCUGCUGAGCCGCCGGGGCUGCCGGCUGCUGGACACGGACCUCGCGCUGCUGGCGCCGCGGAUGGCGCAGCUGAGGCGCCUGGACCUCUCCUUCGCGCGGCGCCUCAGCCAGGAGCCGCUGCUGGAGGCUUUGAAGAGCUGCAAGUGCCUGGCGGAGCUGUCGGUGAGGGGCUGCAACCAGCUGCAGUCCAAGCCCUUCGAGGAGCUGCUGGGCCAGGAGCUGAAGGGUCUGGAGUACCUGGAUGUGAGGGGCUGUGAGCAGUUGGUGCCUGCGAGCAUUCAGAAAGCCGCAGUUCAGGUACACAGCCUGCGCUUCGGCUUCGAGGUCUUACCGCAGCUGUGGCCCUUCAACCAUGAGGCGCCCAUGACGCGCCUGGACUUGGCGUCUUGGGACCUCGGUGGCCUCCGGUGCUUGGAGCUGGACCUGGGCCUUCUGCAACUCACGGAGGAGCAGGUCAACGAAGAUGUGGCUCGCCUGGCAACAUGCAGGACGCUGGACUUGCUGCUGCUUUGGAACGUGAUUGAUUUGAGGCCGUCCACCUUCAAGGCCCUCCUGAGAAAUCAGAAGGAGGUGGAUACCAUGGUGUUGGAGGACUGCUACCACCACCACGACAGCUACUUCCACCUGGUGCCUAGUGCCUGGGGACUGGACAGCCGCGACAAGGUGGACGCCUUUAGCGCCGCGAGCUUCUUCCCCGCGGGCCUCCGCGGAGGCAAGGCGGUGGUGGCGGCGGUGAACGUGUGCCGGGAGCCCAACGCGCUCAUCGAGGCCAUGGCCGGGGCAGUGGCCGAGCUCGGCGUGCAACAUGUCCAUCUGAUCAACGAGCACGACAACGACGUGCUGCAGCGGCUGGCGGGGCCCCAGGUGCAGUCGUUCCACAUACGCUGCACUGUGAACCUGGCCUCCGACUCUUACUCCGCGGGCUUCCUGUGCCCCUUCCUGCGGGCCUGCCCGAAUCUGCGCAGGUUCCGGCUCUUUCCGAACGCCGCGCACUUCGCGGGCCGCGGCCUGGACUUGGAGCCCUUGCUGCAGGAGCUGUCGAGCUCCUGCGUGGCUUUGGAGUCCCUGGAGGUGCCGAGCGAUCCGGCCGAUAAAUGGCGCGAGAAGGAGACCUACCAUCCGGUGAUCGAGUAUGAUGCGGGCGAGUCCAGCACCGCGAGGGCGCAGAAAGUGUCGCUGGCCGUGCUCCAGGAGUUGCUGGAGAAGUGCCCUCAGCUUACGCAGCUGCAGCUACCGCCGCCCAAAGGGCAGAGCUGCUUUGGCUUCUGGCGCCACUGCUGCGAUGGGCCGAAGGUGCUGAAGGACAUGGCGCAACGACGUCUGGACUUCUGCACGCCCACGUUGCUGCCGCAGGAGCUGGAGGGGGUGCUGCAGGUGGUCGCUGACAUCGCGCCAGAGCGGCUUUGCGUGAACCACCAGGCGCCGUUUCCGGAAGGCCUGGCCUUCGCUUUGCGCUCGGGGCCCCCGCUGCUGGCGCUGCGGGUGCAGCACCUGCCGAGGGCCGCGGCCGCGGUCUUGGCGAACCUCUUGCAGGAGCUGCCGGAGCACAGCCCUCAGCUGGAGGAGCUGGCCUUGGGCCACAUGAGCUUCACCGAGGAGGAGGCCGACAGGCUGGCUGACGCGCUGCUGGGCUUCCGAAAUCUCAAGGAGCUGCUGUACCCGCGCGGCCUCUGCGAAGCGGCGGUGACGGCCCUCAACGAGGCGCUGCCGCAGAUCAUGCGGCAGAACCGCGGUUUGCAGAAGCUCCACUGCUGCGAUAUCUCUCCGAAGCUGCUGCUGCAGGCAGUGACUGGCUGCCACCAGCUGCGCAAACUCUUAGUCUUGGAGUCGCAGGAGGGUAAGGCGAAGCUGGACAUCUCCGUGCAGCUGCUCCAGUACCAGCUCAUCACUAGGUGCCCGCUGCUGCAGAGCUUGAUGGUCUUCCUCAAGGGGCCGGAUAUAGAGGACGAAGCCGACGAGGAGCGCUUGACGAGAGAGACCCUGCUGCAGGGCCGGUACUUGAAAGACCUCGGCAAUGUCAAUGUGGAUUGCUACCGCGGCAUUCAGUACAACGACGGCCAGGAGCCGGAUCCCAACCCGCCCAGCGAGAGUGACAGUGAGGAUGAGGACUGAGGACCGAGCAUGCCCUUCAUCUGGCGAAAAGUCCGAGAGAAGUGCCGGCCAAAUCUGGCUCAUACUGACGGACAAGAAUGUGGGGUGGUUCAGAAACCCCGGAUGUUUUUUUUUUACCG